AGCAUGUUUCUUUGCGUUUCGUACCCUUCGGUUUUUUCUUCGUCCUUUCCUUCCCUGAAUCCCUGUUUUAAACCCUAGAAAUUGGACGACGAAGAAUUCAAUCUCUUUCUGAUCAUCGAUCUUUUAUGUGUAUACGCUAAUCGAUUUGGUUUGCGAGUGUUAGAUUGAAGGUGUUGAAAGCUGGAAAUUUUGAUAGCAAGAUUAUAGAUAGAGCAUGAGUACUCAGGCUCAGGGAGUGAGGGGCCCUACCUUAAGGGGGUAUCGCAGGAGGAAGGCAAUGCUUGACUUGAAUGUGCCUCCAAGUGAAAACAGGGAUCAGGAAGGAACUUCAACUGAGGGUGUGCAACAUGGAGAGGAAGCAAGUCAACAAGGGCAGCCUGUACCACCUGCUACAAUCGAUGUUGAGGCUAUUGAUGAUGAUGAUGUUAUUGAAUCUUCCCCGAGGGCUUUUGCUGAAGCUAAGAGUAAUGCUCGAAGAAACAAUGCCCAAAGAACCCAUGGAAGUACUGUUGUAGUCGAUGUAGAUUCAGGACGAACAACUAGGUUGACUUAUAAUAACCAUAACAAGCGCAGACGAGUUCUACCAGACCAAACAAUUAUCAAUUGUGAACAUUAUGUAAAUUUGGAAGGCAGUAGCAGCUCCAUGAGAGAUAAUGUACCGUCACCACCUCCAGUUCCAAAGGAGCCAACCUUCAACUGUCCGAUUUGCAUGGGUCCAUUUGUUGAGGAGACAUCGACAAAAUGCGGGCACAUUUUCUGUAAGGCUUGCAUUAAGGCUGCAAUUAGAGUAAAGGCAAAAUGUCCUACAUGUAGGAAAAGAGUCAUUGGUAAAAACCUUAUUAGGGUGUUCCUUCCUGCAACCAGUUCAUUGUGAUGCUCAUGACCAAUUGCUAUUUUAUCAGGUUUGAUAGAAACAUCUUUGAGAUGGAGAGAUGAAAGAAUGGCAAUAGCAUGUUUGUGGAUACUUAUUUUUUUACUUGAAAUUUGAACUUCGUUUAACAUGUGCACUUCACAUUGAUUUGCCAGAAAUCAAUAGUGGAUUUUGUUUUUGGAUCAAAUUUACUUCAAAUGGUUGAUUAGCUAAGGCAUAUGGCAAUCAGAUGACAACAGAAAUUUUAUGAAA